UAAGAUAUUAAUACUUUAUUUUUAUUUGUUUACUUUCAACCAUGUCAUAAGCGACAUAAAAUGGCAGCAGUGACUGCAUGCCAACUUGCUACAAAGCUUAUUGUUCGACGUUGUACGCCUUUGUACGUUACAGCUAAACGAUGCAUCAAGGUUGGUGACCCAUUACCUGAUAUUGUUCUCUAUGAGGGGUCACCAAAUAAUGCUGUGAAAGCCAGUGAACUCUACAAAGGAAAGAGAGGAAUCAUUUUUGCUGUUCUUGGAGCAUUCAAUCCAGGAUGUACUAAUGCUCAUAUUCCUGAUUAUCUGGAGCUUUACCACAAGUUUAAGGAAGAAGGCUACUUGAUAAGUUGUGUGUCAGUGAAUGAUCCCUUUGUCAUGGCAGCAUGGGGGAAGGCAACAGGAGCUGAAGGAAAGAUUAGAAUGUUAGCAGACCCACAAGCCAAGUUCACUAAAGCCAUGGGUAUGGAGCUAGACUGUACCAAAUUGCUGGGAAACUUUCGAUCUCAAAAAUAUUCAUUGGUGAUAGACGACAGCAUUAUCCAGAGCAUUAAUGUGGAUCCAGACCACACAGGCUUGGCUUGUCUCUUGUGCAUUACAACCAUGAAGAAUGUAAACAGCAUAGGUGGCAAAACCUAGUCUUCAUUUAAAACUUAGGUAUCUCCCAGAUAUUUGUUUGUUAUUUAGCUAUCUGAUUUCCCAGAGUUUUUGCCGAGACAUUUCCACAGCAUGUCUUACCUGGCGCAUGCAUGCUUUAUUUUAUUUGCAUCAUCUUUUUCUGUUGGUUGGUGCCAUAGUCUUGUCUGACUUGAUUUUUUUUUUCUGGAUUGUUUCCAUUUUGUUGAAUUUCUUAGUUAAUUUUUCGCCCUUGAUUACAAAAUUGUUGAGAUACUGACCAUGAACAAAGGGACAUUAGCAGCAAAAGAGUACAAUACAGUAACAAUACUAGUAAAUUGUAUAUGUUUGUGUUAUUUUGUUGAAAAUGCAGAGAAAAUAUACCCGACAUGUAUCUUUGUGUACUUGGAAAGAAAUAAUUCUGAUUGCGGUUGUUAAUGUCUUUGCUUUUUGGUUUUUUUGUACUGUUCUUACUAUCUAUUGUCUCUCUGAAUCAGCAAUGUUUUGUACUCAAAGAGAUCUGAGUACACUUAAGUGCAAACUAUAAGAUAUCAAAAUAUUUAGGUAGCCAUUAUGUCAAUCCAGAUGUAAGCAUUUUGAGAUUAUCAGCAUUUAUGUAAAUGUUAUUUUUUACCAUAUGUAAAACUAGUUCUUGGCACCACAGUUUCUGUCCACUUACUUUGUAGAUGACUGUGGAUGAAGUUUUAAGUUGUACCUUUUUUCUUCCAAAAUUUUUGUUUUUUAAGACAGGAAAAAGUCCUAUAAUCUUCAAGUCUUAAAAAUGAAAAAUAUAUAUCAUGGUGGUGGUGGUGGUGAUGAUCAUCAUAAAAUCAUAGUCCUUACUGGUUAAUUUGAUAGUCUGAUCACAGAGAGUGGUGUUGUUUAUGUUGAUAGACAACUUAGGUGGUGUCUGCCUAAUAUCUCUCAUAUAGUUCUAAAACAGACUUUUGUUGACAUGAAUGAACUUGUUAUCCUUUAUACAACCUGUUGUAUGAUCAUAAAUAGUGACUUGAAAAGUUUUGGCCAUUACAAACACUCUUACCUUAGUAUCUUAUCUAUCUGUCAUGUGAUGUAUCCAGAGUUUAAGCCUGCAUUGCAUGUUUUGACUGUCUGCAGUGAUAAGUUUACUUUUUUUCUGGUUGAGAAGGGUAAUGAAAAUGAAGUUCGUGUAGAUAACUGACUGCAGUGGUAUUAUGUUUUGAUUAAUGUGUUUCACUUUUUUUUCUAAAUGACAGGUUUCAUUAUGCUUCAAAAGCGAGAUAGAAAAGUGCUUAAGAAGCACAGUAUUUGUUUAAUAUAAGCAUUUUUUAAAUUCUGUGUGUAAUGCAUCAAAAUAAGAAAAAAGAACUUUGUAAGAUGAUGAUGCUAAAAAUAUUUAAAUACUUUAAAAUAGAGCUACCAAUAUUAAUGAAUGUAUUUUAUAAGAAUUAUAUGGAGUAGUGCAUAAUGAACAUGAGAGUUUUGUGUUCAUUUUGCUCUUUUCUGCAAGGGUUUUCUUGAUAAUAUUUUUGGAAAUUUUUGCUAUAAGAUUCCUAUACGAAAUCAUAGCAUUAAACUUUUCUUCUUAUCUCUUUAAGUAUAGCUUCUCAGAUUUAUUUUACAUUAUCUCAUCCAUCAUGUUUUAAUUCACUUACAUUUCAUAAUUUCUCUAGUGAGUCAGAAGGCAAAGAUGAUUUGGUGCAAUUUCAGUCUGUUUAUCAGCUGGUUCUGUGCUUUCUGUAAAAACAAAAUAUAUUUGGGUUGAAUGCAUAUGAGCGAGUGCAAGGUGCUUGUUUAUCUUGGUAGAAUAACUCUGUUAACCAGAAGUUGCAUUUAUAUUUUGCUUUUAUUUCAAAUCUUUUAUGAGCAAAGCACAAUAGACAUAUUGGGCUGAGCACUUGAGAGACUAGUGUGUAUAUCUGCUCUAAAAAGACAAAAAAUGACAUUUUAAGCAGAAAAAACUAUGGACUCGGGUGUGAGCUGGAAGAGAUAAAUAGUACAUUACUGAUCUGAUGGCCUUCCCACCAAGAUCACUGACAUUCAUAAUGUUUCUUUUUGCUGUAUUUUUUUUAUAAUUAGAUGGAGCAUUAAAGUGCACUUCUCAGUUUAAAAAGAAGUCUUAAUGUUUCAUGGUAGAAUGUGACAGGCACACAGUCUUAAUAUUCUUGUUGGUAUCCGCACUCAAACAAAUGUAAAACAUCUUUUAUAGCUUCUGUAUGAUUACAUUAACAUGUCUCAAUAAGGUCCCAUUCCAACAUCACUAAUUGUGAAAUGUAAAAUAAUUAUUUGUGGCAUCUUUCAGCUUUUUGCAAAGGUAUUAUACACGAAGAUGCUGUUGGCUAAACACAUCUCAUAUCUUCAUAAUGUUACAAUUAUUGUAUGUUAGUAAUGCGAAUAUGGAUUACUUUUUUUUAGUGAGUCACCCUUUGAUAGUAAUAAAUUGGAAUUAUAAAAAAAAAAGUAGUGAAACAUUUUUAGAGGCCUUUGUACACCACAAAAAUCAAAUCUUAAAUUUCAUCAAGAGACUAGAUGUUUAUGUUUGCUACUUUUGGGGGGGAAAUCAGAUACCAGAACACUAUCUUUGAUGACGCAUACAAAUGAAAUCUAUACAUUUUGGAAAUACACAUCUUUCAACUUUUGUUGAAAAUGUCCCUUAAACUGUAUUCCUUUUAUUUCAUUGUUCAUAAAUCUGACUUACCUGAUGACA